AUGCCUGAAAGUCAUCAUCAUCAUGAACAUGUUAAUUCUGCCAAUUCCCAUAGUGAGUUAGCCAAAUCUGUUGUAAGGAGUUCUACUCCAUUGAAUCAGAGACCUGUUUCCCCUUAUACUUUGAAUCCAAUUGUCGAGGAAGAUGGUUUCUCAUGGCCAAGUUUCGGUACUAGAAAGAGAGCUGAAGAAACUGAAGAAGAACAUCAAAAACGUAUUGAUCGUAUCUCUGGCGCGGUGAAGACAAUCCUUGAAGAAAUCGGUGAAGAUGUCGAAAGGGAAGGUUUAUUAGAUACUCCACAACGUUAUGCAAAAGCAAUGUUAUAUUUUACUACAGGUUAUCAAACAAAUAUUAUGGAUGAUGUAAUUAAAAACGCCGUAUUCGAAGAAGAUCAUAAUGAAAUGGUUAUUGUACGUGAUAUUGAAAUAUAUUCUCUUUGUGAACAUCAUUUAGUACCCUUUUUUGGUAAAGUUCAUAUAGGUUAUAUCCCAAAUAAAAAAGUUAUUGGUCUUAGUAAAUUAGCUCGUUUAGCUGAAAUGUAUGCAAGAAGAUUACAAGUUCAAGAACGUCUUUCAAAACAAAUUGCUAUGGCUUUACAAGAUAUUUUGAAACCAAUGGGUGUUGCUGUUGUGAUAGAGGCUACUCAUAUGUGUAUGGUAUCUAGAGGUGUUCAAAAGACUGGUUCAUCUACAAUAACGUCUUCUAUGUUAGGUUGCUUCAGAGCUCAUAAAACAAGAGAAGAAUUUUUGACUUUAUUAAAUAGAGGUCGUUAA